GAGAGGGUGGUGUUGUGUGCUGCUUGAGGUUGUUUCUUCUACUCGUCUUCUACUACAACCUUCUUUUUUUUUUAUCAAAAUGACUACGGAGUGUAGAAUAUAGAAAAAUUAUACUAAGCACCACCACAAGGAAAUUUCACAACACCAGUGCGAAUCAGGAGAGAAAAAAAAUAUAGAAUUAAGCUGACAUUGGCAAAUCAGAUUAGGUUUUUGACCUAUUUUGUCAGCAUUGAAAUCACCCAUGACGAGGCACAGAAAACAUUAAUACUAUCUCGCAGGAGGAAGUGGCUGGUAAACGUUGUACCCUGUUCGAGCAUAGGCCUAUUUCACAUGUAUCGAAUAACUUAUGGUUCUGCUCACACAAGUCAGCUGACGGUGGUGAUGGCGUCAUGGGCGUGGGUGGCGCUGCAGGUGGGCGUGGUGGCGCUGCUGUUGGCGCCGCCCCCCGCCGCCCCCUCCCCCCUGGUGCCCCCUAGUAUCUACCUCCCGCGUUUCUCAGGGCCAUCGGCUAGUCACCGCCGCCUUCAGAUCGAGCCCCGCCAGUGCACUGCCGCUGACGGAGAGCCAGGCGUGUGCAUGUUCAACUUCGAGUGCUAUCAGCGAGGCGGCCACGUCGUUGGGACCUGCAUCGAUGGGUUCCUCUUCGGCGCCUGCUGUAAUCUGCCUGAAGGAGCCACCUUGCCUACGGAGACACCUGUCGUGGCUGGUGCUGGUCAGCAAAGCAUUGACGAAAACGGAGAAGGGAACGGGGACAAGGAGGAAGAGGAGGAGAAGCCAGUUAUACCGGAGGUGACCUUGGAGGUGGACCUCACGGGGUCAGGGCCGGAGAGUGUGACAGAGGAAGAGGCGGUCAUUGGGGAUGCCAGCUCUGUGAGUGACACGGCUAGCCAGAGCACCACAACAACGACGGAGAUUAUUGUUCCGGGCAUCGUCAAUGUCCGAGCACCAGAGGCAUCCGGCCCCGAAGACGAUCAUACUGGUAACGCGGGUGAGAGCGAGAGACCUACCCAGGCAUCUACUGAAAUACAGGGAGAAACUACGAGUGUAAACACCGAUGUUCAAGAGACAGACAGUAUAGAGGAUGUAAACACCGCCGGUCCGACGGAGCCAUCCACCAGUACCGAUGACGAAGGCGCUAUGGUAACGGUUGACGACUCUGCGAAUGGAGACGAUUCUUUGGACGUCGAGGAUAGCACAGUGAAGUCCACAGACGUCACUGAGGCGGAUGAAGUAAGCAAUCAGGUGGAAUCGUCGAUAGAUGACCAAGGCACUCUUCUCACGUCUGCAUCUCUGGCUGACACCACUCCGCCAUCAACGGAACCAUCGUCGAAGUUCCAUUCCGACGUCGAGACGGGAAUACCAGAUGUCCUGGCAGAGGGCGGCGUGAUUACCUUCACCAUCGUGGAGAGCGCGGGCCCCACCAGCGAAGGGCCAGGCGCGGACACGGAGGAGAACACCGAGCAAGUGAUUAUGAUGACUUUACCUGAUGGACAAGAUGGGUUUGCCACGCAUGAAAUCGUUAAUUUUGAUGUCACUGAUGCUCUGAAUGAAGACAAUACUGAGAACCCCGGUCUAAUGCUUUCGCCUUCAGAUGAACUCUACUUCGAGCCAAAGCCAACGUCCCAUCGGCCGUACGUACGCCCCGCCGACGGACAGAGGCCUUCGACGUCUGACCCGUUACUCGCCUGGGAGGACGAAGCAACGCCGCCUCCGGUUGAUGUGUACAUCCUCUCGCAGACUACAGACGAAGCAGACACAGGCAUCCUUACCACUGACAAGCCUCCCGAGCCUACGGUUGUUCCCGACUCCUUGGAAACAAACCCAACCCCACAAACAACAGAGUCGACCACAGAGCCUAUGUUAAUCUGGACUCUUUCUCCCCAGCCCUCCAUACUGGACGCAAGACCUCCAACGUCGGUCAUUUCCCAAGUGGAAUCUCACACGUCAGCCACGAAGCCCAAGCCAGCGCCAAAGCCAGAAGAGGCAGAUGAGGCGGAGACUCAGGGCGACCUUCCCCGCCCCCUCGCCACGUCCAGCAAGCCGCCUCAGAGCACCGAGGGGACGCCGGACCCCGAAGACCCCCUGGCCUUCUGGACCACCACACGCCCCAAGAGACCGAGGCCGAGACCCACCCACGCCACCACGACCGACGAACCUCUGCUCAUCUGGACGACUACGAGGAAGCCGCCGCAGGCCACUACCACGGCCAGCCCUGCCUCGGUGUCCGGGACCUCGGAAGACGAAGACAUUCCCCUCCAGCCCGCUAUCAUUCCCGGAGACAUCCUCCAGCACAUCACGGGAGACCUCCUCCACGGCGCCCAAAACCAGACCGUCGCCGACGCCACCACGACUACCCCGUGGGCGUCGUCCACCUACUCCAUUGCGACCAUCAAGUACGAGGACCCGGCCGUCAACACUCUCACCGACGCCCCCCCGCAGAGCACGACCCUGGCGGACGAAGUGACGCUGACGUCCACCUCACAAGUCGACGUCACGACCACUACGACCACCACGGCCAGGCCCAAGACAACCUCCACGGCCAGGCCCAAGACAACCACCUCGAGGCCCACGACAACCAGAACAACGACAGAGAGGACGACCCAAGCAACAACCACCAAAAGACGACGACCAACCACGACCACAACCAGGAGAACGACGACCGAGAAACCCACACGAAGGCCUGCCAGCACUCGGCCAUCCAGCAAGAAGCCCCCCAGAAGAACGACCACGGCGACGGUGGAGGCGACGACAAGACCCGCGACGGAGGAGCCCAUCUCGCCCAUCGACCAGUUCAUCUCCGACUUCAUCAACUCCUCGCCGCCCGAGGAGCCACUCACCACCACGGAGACCCCGCCGCCCAUCGACCUCGACCUCCUGGCGCAGCUGUUCAACCUGACCAACUUCCUUCCCGGAGAAGAAAUCCUGUUCCCGCUGCCGUCCACAACGACCACGCGGAAACCCUCCACGAAACCCAAGCCAAACAAACGACCCCCCACCACCACCACCACCACCACUACCACUACCACCACGACCAGACGACCACCAAAGCCGACGACCAACAGGAUUAACCUACCGACGUUCCCACCCACACCGAAGGCCACCACGACGACUACGACGACCACUACUACUACGACCACGACCACUACUACUACUACGACCACCACCACUCCAAAACCUACGACGACCACGCGGGUUUGGGAUUAUAAGACCACGUGCGGCGUGCGCCCCCUCGCCCGCGAAGCCAGGAUCGUGAACGGCGAGCGGGCGGACUUCGCCGAGUGGCCGUGGCAGGCGCUCAUCAAGGAGUCCACGUGGCUGGGGAUUUUCACCAAGAACAAGUGCGGCGGCGUUUUGCUCAACAGGAAAUACGUGCUGACGGCGGCCCAUUGUCAGCCCGGGUUCCUCGCCUCUCUCAUCGUCGUCCUGGGCGAGUUCGACCUCUCGGACGACUACGAGCCUAAGAAAACUGUCCAACGUAAUGUGAAGCGAGUGGUCGUCCACAGGGGCUACGUGGCUAAGACCUUCGACAACGAUCUGGCUUUGCUCGAGAUGGACAGACCCGUGACCUUCGACGAGCACAUUGUCCCCAUCUGCAUGCCUGAGGGGGAAGAGAAUUUCACAGGCAUGGUUGGCUUCGUCACGGGAUGGGGGAGGUUGUCUUAUAGAGGACCAAUCCCAUCGCAGCUUAACGAAGUGGCAGUGCCAAUUAUCAGGAACAACGAGUGCCAGAAAUGGUUCCUGGAGGCGGGGCACGUCAAGAACAUCAAGCCCGAGUUCUUCUGCGCAGGAUACAAAGAAGGGAAGAAGGAUUCGUGUGAGGGUGACAGCGGCGGCCCUCUCUCGGUGCAGGGCGAGGACGGGCGCUGGAUCCUGGCCGGCACGGUGUCUCACGGGAUCAAGUGUGCGUACCCGAACCUGCCCGGCGUCUACAUGAAGAUGACCUACUACAAGCCAUGGAUCGAAAGCAUCAUCAAUUAGUGUGCAGAUGAGAGAGAGAGAGAGCGAUCGCGUUCCAGUGAUUCCGAAAUAUGUGUGUGUGAGAUUGCGUGUACAGCACCCGAAGACAGUGAGCGAGGACAAGAACUUCUUCAAGACACGCUUUUGUUUUAUUAUUUUGUAGAUAUGUUACUUCCUUUUCCCUUGAUGAAAAGUGGUUUGUGUGCGUUUCUAAUGCACGCGAUGCCCUUUUGUUUUGUUUGUGUGUUAUAACGGGGCUGGAUCGAGACUAGAAUGAUUCCCAUAAUGAAGAUAUCUAUUUCUUUCAUUAGAACUAUGGAGUAUUUGGAACAAGGUGAAGCUGUUUUUACAUGUGAUAUAAUUUAUCCUUGUUGCCUCAGCCGUGUGACGUGAAGUGCCUACUAUUCUAGACGUUUUAAGAUUACCCCAAAAAAAGUGUCACCCGUUAAGAACCUCAGCCCUUGAGAUAAUCCAGAAAGCAGAGACAUGAAAAAAAGAGUGACGUGGCCUUAUAACCCGAAGAAAAAUGAGUGGAAACAACAAAUAUCUACAAUCGAAACCAACUAUCGGUAAACAUCUUCACAAAUGUCUGUAGUCUGUACAAUAUGAAGUCGAAAAUGAAUGAUUUGCAUGAUAUCUUCCGGCCAUUAUGCCAAGACCUCAUGACAGACGAGUCACUCUUAUGUAACGUUAUGACACUGACUUCAUGACAGUACGUUUGGUCGUCUUUGUCGUUAUGUGAUGUCAGUUUUGUGUAUUUGACUAUUUAUUUAUUUAUGUUAACCUUUGUUUAUUUAUUUGAGACAUUUCGAGUAAACAUGUUCUUGUUUACCUGUAGUUUCGUAUAACAAUGUCUUCUAUAAAGAAAAUAUUGAUAGAUGUUAUUUUAUUAUUUAUUUAGAAGUUAAUACGGAUAAUGAGUAAAGAUGGUUAUAUACCAAAACACUUUUUUAAUCCGUUUUUUGUGAUAAUUGUAAUACAUAUUCCAUCCAUUGCGUAAUUUGUAUAUAUUUAUAUUUGAUAUAUAUUUAUUUUCAUCUUUUUCGAGUUUAACUGUAAAGCAUUAAGUCGGAAUAACAAAAAAAUACAUCCCUUUUUCCGCUUAAAAACGGAAAUUGUUCUUACAGUCUGAUAUCUAUCUCAGCGUGUUCUUGAUCGAGAACUAUCUUUACCCAAAAUGAUACUGAAAUUAUAGUGAAAAUGCUUAUGAAAAUGAACGAAUAAUGCAAGAGGACCUCAGUAACUGAACCAAGAACACGUGAAUAAACGGGAAUGACGAAAUAGUAAUUGGGCACUUAGAUGAACUUGUUAUAAUUUCGUAAAAUCAGAAUGUGAAGUUGUUUAUAUAAACGUCAUCCAUAGAACCAUAAUUUUGAUUCCAUAUCUAUUUUAUUUCACUAUCUGAAAGAUCAGUAUUUUUCCAUUUGAUAUAAAAUCUUCAGAGUUCGAUCUUUGCACCAUGAAAAGCAAUUCCAGCUAAACAGCCCAUUAUUGAUAUCACAGAUUGAUUAAUUUCUCACAUAAUCAACGUAUUGUGCAAUAUAUCCUUAAGACUUUAAGCAUCAUGUGUUAACUGUAACGAAGCAAGAACGGACAUUUUGAUAAGAGAUAAGAAAAUAGUCUCGAAAACGUGCCAGCCUGCAUUGCCUCAAAUCUCUCGUUAUCAUAGGCUUGUAUGAGCAUCAGCGUCUGUGAUGAUUUAAAAUAUAUAGCCAAAGAUGCAGAUUAUUACGUCAGUCUAUUCGUCAAUCAAGGAAUAGAAGUGAUACAUUCAGAGAAAUUACGUGAAUAUCGACUCUUAGUACAUUUUCAAAAAUCAUUGGGUGUUUGUUCAUGCUUGUGAUUAGUUUGUUAGUGUUUUUGUUUAGCCUCGUAUGAACCUGUGUAUAUUGUAUUUGUUUUUAAAUGGCAUCAAAUAUUCAAACAAAGGAAUUGCUCCAUUUUAGUUCUUUCAAUAGUUUUUUUUAAUUUCAUUAAUAAAUGGUGCCGUAAAUUGUCAGUUAUAUUGGAACGUGAUUUUCAUAGGUAGCUUGACUGGGAUUUUUUAUUUUUUCAUCAACAUUAUUGUUGUUAUUUAUAUACCUUUUUUUUUUACAUUGUUGGCGUUGCUAUUGUUGUUGCUGUUGAUGCUUUUACCCUUAUCAUCAUCAUCACCUUUUCCUAUUAUUGUUAUCAUGAUUAGUUCUAUUGUUAUUAUCAUCAUCACUAUCAUCAUCAUCAUCAUCAUUGUUAUUAUUAUUAUUAUUAUUUUUAUUAUUAUUUCUAUUAUUAUUAUUAUUAUUAUUAUUAUUAUUAUUAUUAUUAUUAUUAUUAUUACUCUCAUUAUC